AGGAACCCGAGAGCGCCUUCCUAGGCUGGGGGCCGCGGCGCGCACGGCGAGACCCCGAGCAAACUUUCUAGCUGCUUCGGUCCGGGGGUGGCUGCGGCAGCGGGCGCCGUCCCCUGGCCGAUCCCGCCCGGGAGCCGCCGCCUUCGGCUGGGAGCGUCGGGAGCCCCAAGCUGAGAGCGGGGCUGCCAUCCUCCGUCCCAUACCACUCUUCACAGAAAGGCUCUGCCGUGAGACUGGGGGUGCUGACUGCUGCAAGGACCAAGAAUCAAUUUCUCACUCAGAGGACCAAUCUCCUGGUGGUGUUUUGACCUCUAUAAGGAAAUACCUAGAGCAUCUGCUGGUGGGUGAGUAACAAGAGAAAGAACAUUGAGAGAAAGAAAAUUGGCUUCCUUUCUUGAAGGUGGUGCAUGUAUAGCAGGUGGCUGUAUGGAAGGAACGGUAAUCAGAUGCCCACCUUCUACACUUUGUGCUAGGAAACAAAAUCGGUUAUAAGAGUCCAUGUGGAUCUCAGAGUAAAGGGAUUUGAAAAAGUCAUUUUUGCACAGAGAACGAGAACUUUACCAUCUCCUCUUUGAUCUGAAGACUGGGGACCAUGGAUAUUAUAGAGACAGCAAAACUCGAGGAACAUAUGGAAAAUCAAACCAAUGAUCCCGCAAAUACUUACACAAGACCUGCCGAGCCUGUUGAAGAAGAAAACAAAAAUGGCAACAGCAAACCUAAGAGCUUAUCCAAUGGGUUGCGAAAGGGAACCAAAAAGUACCCGGACUAUAUCCAAAUUGCUAUGCCCAAUGAAUCAAGAAACAAAUUUCCCCUGGAGUGGUGGAAAACGGGGAUCGCCUUUGUGUAUGCUCUUUUCAACCUCGUCUUAACAACCGUCAUGAUCACAGUUGUGCACGAAAGGGUGCCUCCCAAGGAGCUCAGCCCUCCACUACCAGACAAGUUUUUUGAUUACAUUGAUCGGGUAAAAUGGGCAUUUUCUGUAUCAGAAAUAAAUGGGAUUAUAUUAGUUGGAUUAUGGAUCACCCAGUGGCUGUUUCUGAGAUACAAGUCAAUAGUGGGGCGCAGAUUCUUUUUUAUCAUGGGAACUUUAUACCUGUAUCGCUGUAUCACAAUGUACGUUACUACUCUUCCUGUGCCUGGGAUGCAUUUCCAGUGUGCCCCGAAGCUCAAUGGAGACUCUCAGGCAAAAGUACAGCGGAUUCUACGGUUGAUUUCUCGUGGUGGAUUGUCCAUAACUGGAUCCCAUAUCUUAUGUGGAGACUUCCUCUUCAGCGGUCACACCCUUACGUUGACACUUACUUAUUUGUUCAUCAAAGAAUAUUCGCCUCGUCACUUCUGGUGGUAUCAUUUAAUCUGCUGGCUGCUGAGUGCCACCGGGAUCAUCUGCAUUCUUGUAGCACAUGAACACUAUACUAUUGACGUGAUCAUUGCUUAUUAUAUUACAACACGGCUGUUUUGGUGGUACCAUUCAAUGGCCAAUGAAAAGAACUUGAAGGUCUCUUCACAGACUAAUUUCUUGUCUCGAGCAUGGUGGUUCCCCAUCUUUUAUUUUUUUGAGAAAAAUGUACAAGGCUCAAUUCCUUGCUGCUUCUCCUGGCCACUCUCCUGGCCCCCUGGCUGCUUUAAAUUUUUAUGCAGAAAAUAUUCACGGGUUCAGAAGAUCGGUGAAGAUAAUGAGAAAUCUACCUGAGGAGCAAAACAAAGGCAUCAGCUCUUACACCAAAAGAGUUAACGCUGUAACCAAAGGUAUAGUUUUGGGUUUUUAUUUCAGAAGAACUGACUGGUAAAGGAAGAAGUGGACCAAAUUUUGUGUAAAGGAUUAGAUGAAUGAAGUAUUACCCUUGGACUGCUUUUCUGAUUCAUCCUGAGAAAAGUGUAUUCUCCUGCACCCCUUCCUUCAUUGGUGACAAGGCCCCCACCCCCCACUGGGAUUUUACUAAUGAGCUUGUUAAAGAGGUGCCAAAGAACAUACUGUUCUGUUCCUUAUUCAGUCUCCACAAAAACCGUCUACAGAAUUUUUUCAGGAUUUUUUUUUUCUCCAAGGUCAGGAGAAAUUUAUUAAUGUUUUAAAUAAACUCUCUGGAUAUAUACAGCUACUGUGUAAAUAGAAUUA